CACACACACACACACACACACACACACACACACACACACACACACACACACACACACACCAACACGCGCGUGAGCUGCGUAUACGGUCACUUCUUUCACUUCACACACCCUGAAUGGACAGUCACCCACUCAUGCGGACUCAAAAGACUUAUUUCCAAUAGAAAGCUGUGAUCUAGUAAAAGUGGAACUACAAGAUGAACACACCACUUCCCUUAUUAAUCAACAUUUCCAGUCCUUCCCCAGGCUUGCUGGAUUCUGAAGAUGGCAAUGAAAGUUGCCGCUUUGAUGAAGAGUUCAAAUACAUUCUGCUGCCUGUAUCAUACUCAAUAGUGUGUGUCCUCGGCUUGGUGUUCAACUCUGUGGCCCUGUGGAUGUUCCUGACUAAGAUGCGUCCCUGGAACGCUAGCACGGUGUACAUGUUCCAUUUGGCACUGUCAGACAUGCUAUAUGUACUGUCUCUUCCCACUCUCAUCUACUACUAUGCCAAUCGCAAUCACUGGCCCUUUGGUAUAGCCCUAUGCAAAGCAGUGCGCUUCCUGUUCUAUGCGAACCUUUACUGCAGCAUCCUUUUUCUCACGUGUAUCAGCGUGCAUCGCUACAUGGGCAUCUGCCACCCAAUACGCUCACUCUCACUAGCCAAACCACGCUAUGCUCAGAUGGUAUGCGGUCUGGUGUGGGCAGCUGUGACCACAUGCUUGAUUCCCAACCUAAUAUUUGUCACCACUACACAGCGGGAUAAUGACACAUUGUGUCACGACACAAGUAGUCCCUCUGAUUUUGAAAAUUAUGUCACCUACAGCUCGGUCGUGAUGACACUGCUCUUCGGGGUGCCCUUCAUUAUCAUCAUGGUGUGUUAUUGCCUAAUGGCACGGGCUCUAUGCCGCCCCGGAAAGAUUUCUUCGAGUCAGAGGGGCAACUCGAGGAGGAAGUCCAUUAAACUCAUCAUUAUAGUGCUGGUUGUGUUUGCUGUUAGCUUUGUCCCUUUCCACAUCACUCGCACGCUUUACUAUACAUACCGUGUUCUGGAGGCUGACUGCUGGGUCCUCAACAUUGUCAACUUCACAUAUAAAGUCACACGGCCACUAGCUAGCUCCAACAGCUGCCUGGACCCGAUCCUCUAUUUCCUGGCUGGGGAUCACUAUCGCACCAAACUUGCCCGAGCAUUUGCUAAGAAGCGAGUUCCUGGCAAUUUUCACAAUUUGCACUCUCCUCCAGAUAAAAAUAAUGACCUUGCUUUGGUUUUCAAAAGCCCUGCUGUGCAAGCAAGUAGAGACUGUCCACACUAGAGCUGUGUGUGUUCCCAAAACAAUGUAAGUUGCUUUCUGUAUUACAGCCAGGAAGAAUGAUGGUUGCGUUUUGAUCUGCAAAGCGUCACCGGAAUUGCACAACUUCUAUCGGCAGAGGAAAUGUUCUUUAUGUCCAUUGGUGUGAGAUUCAACAUGUUUACCAUAUUUUGAAGAGCCACUCUCAAGAUAUAAACAUUCACAUAAUGUUAACAUUUAAAGUCAGUUAUGGAAUACACUCCUGAUCUAUGUAUCUUCCAGGCUCAUGAAGGCUGUUAUUCAAGUGCAGAAAUACUCCUACAUUGUUAAAACUACAGUUAGAAAACAAUUCUCACGCACAAUCACUGCAAUAAAAUACUACAAUUGAGUGUAAAAGGUGGAGAUUAGUCGUCUGGUAUUACAGAAAUGCAGACACAUACAAUGCUCCAGAGUGGACUGUUGCUCUCUAAAGGACAUACAGUAAAGGGUUUGAGUUUCUGGCAACUCUGGUAUGCAGCUGUUUUGUCCUACAGCCUAGGAGUUUGUGUGUGUGUGUGUGUGUGUGUGUGUGUGUGUGUGUGUGUGUGUGUGUGUGUGUGUGUGUGUGUGUGUGUAUGAACUAGAGAAAGAGUAGCAAAUGACCCUGUAUUUAUAGUAAUAUGUAAUAAUUUGGAGACCGUGAGACCAUCUACUUAAUCUUGACACUUUUUUACUAGAUGCAGGCCAGGGAUUUUCCUAACCAUUUGGUGCUCUAAGUGAGAUCCUGGUGGCUCACAGGCAAUAAUCAGAUGCUUAUACCACAUGUACAACUAGAAACCUCACAGGAUAUCGGCAGUGACAAAAAGACAAAAAUUAUGUACUGCGUGUGUGCAUGUGUGUGCACUCACGGUAACAAAGGUACCCUACUCUAUUUAUGUACAAAAAUAGAGACAAAGAAAUUGUGUAGGUAAAUUGUACCUUUCCUUGGCAUUGCGGUUUUAGCAUUAAGAGUACACCUUCUGUUCUUUAUUAUGGAUGUAAAUGUGAAUAAUGUAUAGCUUGAGUCAAGAAGAGUUUAUAGUUCCUCACCGGACUUUACAGACCACUGAUGUAACCGUAAAGCUUUAUUUUAAAAGUGAAAAUGAUAAUGUUCCUUCCUAUAAUCAUGGUACAAAAAAAGAUGUGUCUGUGGUGUGUGUCUGUUAAAAUAUAACAAAUGUCCUUUAUUAUUCAAUAUUUUUGUAAUUAUGCACUGCAUAUAACGUGGUCAAUCUUUCAUUUUACAAAUGUCAUGAAAAACAUUUGAAAUAAUGUGAAGUCCAAGUAGAUGUCAGUUAUUGUGUAAUUUCCAUUUGAUAUUAAAGAUUUUAAAAUUCCUCUUA